UAGCAACAGUCAUUAUUUGGUUACUGACUCCCUAACGAUUAUUUAAUACAUGUUGUCUUUUUGGAUUUACUGUUUGAUGUUCCAAUGAUUAUAGGGACCACUGGAGCCGGACAUGGAGCUUCAAUAAGCCAUCAUGUGAUCAGCAAAAUAGUGAAUUAGCCGUAAAGAAGAUUUUGCAGUAGGGAACGUGAAACUAGUUCAUUGUCAAGAACGCAGGAUGACACUAAAUAACUUCUGUGUCGAUACUAUGAAUGCUACAGCACGAGACGGCAUGUGCUUCGAUUCAAUAGAGGAAACAGUGUUAACUGUACAAGCAUACAUGUGCAUGAAGAAAACGGAAAUAGUGUUAUUAAAGGUGGUCCGUGAAAACAUUUUCGGAAAAGACGAAAAGUGACAUUUUUGUGAGUUUAUAUUUCGUUAUUGAAUUUAGAUGCUGAACUUAGUGUUAUACAAAUGGACACUUCUGCUGACACUUAAUGGAUGGUUUCAGAUAUGAUGUGGAAAUCGUCACGGACGUGUCUUAGAUGAUGUCGGAGUUAACCCAAACUCUUGUUCAAGUGAACAAUCCCACUGAGAUCUACACCAAUGACAUCAGAUCUGACGCGGAAAAUGUCACGCGAAAAUGUGUAAACGUCACGAGCACUCUCGCCUAUGCGCCUGUGGACGCGGAGUUCGUCAUUGCAUCCGUGGUCCUCGCCGUCAUCAACAUGGCGGUCCUAUUUGGCAACAGCCUGGUCGUGGCCGCCGUCUUCAAGACGCGGAAACUCCGCACCGUCACCAACAUCUUCAUCGUGAACCUGGCGUGCGCCGAUCUCCUGCUCGGUAUCCUCGUUCUCCCGUUCUCGGCGACUCUGGAAGUGCUCGACGUGUGGGUGUUCGGAGUCAUCUGGUGUCGUGUCUGGCUCGCCGUAGACGUCUGGUUGUGCACCGCGUCCAUCUUCAACCUCUGCUGCAUUAGCUUGGACAGGUACCUGGCCAUAACGCGACCGAUGAAGUAUCCCGCGCUGAUGUCAUCGAAACGCGGGAAAAUCCUCGUGCUGUUGAUAUGGGUGAUUUCAUUCAUAAUCUGCUUCCCGCCGUUGAUUGGCUGGAAUGAGGAUAGUCCUGCGGACGAAGACGUUUCACCGCAGGGUGACGACGACAACAGCAGCAGUUGGUAUGCAGACUUCAACGUUGUGGGUAAUGAUAGUUUUUAUAGUAAUACUCAGUUCACAAUUUUCCAAACAGUUUCUAACCAGCUGGAUCCUUCGUGCGUCGAGGAGCAUUUUAUCUGUGAGUUGACGAAUGCAAGAGGAUAUAGAAUAUACGCUUCCCUUGGAUCGUUUUAUCUUCCAAUGUUAGUUUUGAUAUUUUUCUACAUUCAGAUAUACAGAGCGGCGGCCAAAACCAUUUCGGGGUACGAAAAGGGGGUGCUAACUUCUAAGGCUAACGGCACCAGUGAUAAAACGAGUCUUAACAGGGCGGUAACACUCAGGGUCCACAGGGGAGGUGGUGCGUCAACAAGUACCUUCACCAAGCCGUCUGUUCCGCAGUCGCUGAGUUCAGAAAUGGCGAUGACUUACUGCAACGAGCAGACAUCAUUGAAGCGUGAAUCGUCCUUUAGGGGCACGGUGCCUAAAACGACUGUUAACUCGUCUGGGACACCGCCAAAGUUUCAGAAACGAUUUCGCAGCAAGAGUAAUACUCUAGAAGUGUUUGACGGUCACGCAGGCACCGCCAACAAUGGUUGCGCCGGGCUUAGCUACCAACGUUCGUGUACCAGAGAUCACAGGAACCGUUCCGCCGACGGGAAGGGGGCUAACUCUGCUCUCGGCCACAGGAAAAACUUAACAACGUUGCAGAGGCAGGGGAGGAACAUCAAGGCACACAUGAAGAAAUUCCAUCGCGAGAAAAAGGCUGCGAAAACCCUCGCUAUAAUAGUCGGUGCUUUUAUUUUGUGCUGGAUGCCGUUCUUCACGAUAUACGUGAUUGACGCGUUCUGUGACAGGUGUAUUCAUCCGCAGGUCUUCUCGGUCUUCUUCUGGCUCGGAUACUGCAACUCCGCCAUCAAUCCGUGCGUGUAUGCACUAUUUUCGCGCGACUUCCGCUUUGCCUUUAAAAAACUACUUACGUGGAAACAACUCCGGAGAAAGAUGACAAAAUCUCUGUCGGAAAAUAUAUCGAUGCACCAAAUGCGAUCGACUCACCACAACAGCGAGGACAUGUCCGAGAGCUGACGUGUUGGAAGUCGUGUUUGUAUUCUGUACAGCCACAAAGUGGAUUUUAGAAAUGCAUAUAUUAAUAUUAUUAUUAUCGUGUAAGAUAUUAUGUAGUAUUUCCUUGCAAUUUCUUCAGUCACGUGAUGGGACUAAGAGUAAUAUUACAUUAUGCUCAAAGAGAAUGAGGGAAUUCUGGAACAGUAUUAAAUAAAUCUUUCUUAUGUUUUUUUUAAGAAAGUGAACUUACUAUGGAGGUUUAUCGGUUUUAAUUUUAAAACAUAUUAACACUAUUAUAUGGGUGGCUUUGUUGUUGGGUCUUGUAAAAAAAAUUUUAUUAUUAUUAUUAUUAAUAAUAUUAUUAUUAUUUUAUUUAUAUUAUUAUUAUUAUUAUUAUUAUUAUUUUAUUUAUAUUAUUAUUAUUAUUAUUAUUAUAUUUAUUUAUUUAUUUAUUUUAGGGGGAGGGAGGUAAUAUAUGGGUGUGGGGUUGUGCUACUAAUGUCAUGUACGCACACUUUCUGGGGUUAGAGCCUCGUUAGACAUUUUGACAAUGUAAUUAAAUGAAAUGUGACUGAACACAUUAUAAUGCAGUUAAUAUAUUCAGUAUAUGUAUGUUA